CGUAAAGUUCCGCGUUUAUUACAUCUUCAUACCAGGUAUUAGCGUCCAAGUUGUCUUUUUUCGUACCAUUCUGUUUCGUUUCGACAAUUUCCUUACUAUUCAUACAUAUCACUGCGUCGAACAGUUCGUCUUCCUCAACUUCUAUUUCUACUGACGAUUCACGAGAAGAUGGAUCCAUUUUUAAUGGGUAGUAAUUAGUUUCACUCACUUCGUUGAGCUAUCUAAAAAGAUCAAAAUAAAAACAACAAUAAAUAACACUUCUCAACACACGUCAUUCUCGAAUUCGAUCACUUCGAAUGUAAUGAAACUUAUUCACUGUGCACGUACAAUUUUCUUAAAGUAUAACCUAUCGAGUGCAGGCACUCCGCUUCGCUCGAAAAUUCUGCGGGAUACGAAACGCCUAUUUAUAGUUUGCAUUAGCCGCCUCUAUCGUUGCUUCGUCAAACAGUUACAGAACGGGAAAAACGAGAAAUUCUCUCGUUUUCGAACCAAAUAAAUUGCAUUCGUUGAUCUUCGAACGUUUUCAAUUCUCGUUCUACGCUUCGCCCUGCGCGCCUUUUUCACUACGUUAUAAUUAAUUCGCGCUAAUAACAUCUCGAUAUCUCGAAGAUCGCUGUGACGUCUUUUCGAUAUAUUUUGAAUCGCUUCAAAUGUAUAUGUUCACGUAUCUUUUAUAUAAAGAUCGACAAUUUAUUUCUCAGGCUGAUAAACUAUAAUUUCGCAUUUUAUUAAAACGAAAUAAAUAUUUAUUUGUUGGAGAGACAGAAAAAGAGAGCAAGAAAUCUCACUCGAGUACAAAAGCAACACGAAAAUAAUCUCCCAAUACAUAAAGAAAGGUUAGAUUAGAUUGGAUUAGGUUAGAUUGAGAAACACAUGUGGUUAAACAUCUGAUUCACGUGUCAAGUGUUGAUGGAUUGAAAACAUAGCAAUUUGAAGACAUUUUUCUCGUAAAUGAUUAAAUCAAAUCUCAAUUCAAUCUGAUUUUUGAGGUGAUUUUAAAAUUCGAAGUCACAUAUGUAUACAGGGAAGAAAUAGAAUGUCGAGUGUGAUUGUGCUGAGUGAUUCGGACGAACCCUCGUCGCCUAUUAUAGACAGAUGCAAUGAAAAUGAAUUCGAAAACAACGAAGAACCUCGUUUUAAUGAUACAAGCUUCGACUUCCCGGAGGUACCAUUCUGUCGCCAAAUUUUAGAAAACUGGACGUCGCAAACUGAAGAUGAGGAUCUUCCCAAUUUGAAUGUUGACAAUGGCUAUAAACGUCCUGGAUCAUCGCAUACCAUGUCCGAUUCUCACGAUUCGGAUGAUAAUCGGGUUGAAAAGACUUCGAGAAAAGCUGCUGCAUCCAAAAAGGACAAGGUGACGUUAAAGGAGGAACGAUUGAAACGUCAGCAGGCAGAGGCGAGAGAAAAGGCGUUAAAGGCGAUCGAGAAGAAGAAAUUUAAGGAUAUGAAGCCUGGGGAAUGUUUGAAAUUUAUGGAAAUUAAUCUGGAUCGAAAUAUCGAUGCGUCGGCUUUUCGUACAGAAAUUGAAAAUGUACUGCGAAAUGCUGAUAUUAAAGUUAACGUAACUACAGAGUUAAUUUCGAACAGUAUCACAUGGCAGAGGAAUAUAGAAGAUAACUACAUUGGCGAAGAUAAUAAAGUACAUGUAAACAAAAGUAUACAGAUGGAAGAAUACAUUAUUGUGGUUUGGAGCAAUUAUGAAGCAGUAAAACAUGUGGCGGAAGGUACUUUCUGUGCUGCAGUUUUACACAAUAAAUCCCUGAUUCCGAAUUACAAUGUAACUCUGGUUAUCUUUGGCAUGGAAGAGUAUUUUGCAUAUCGGAAGAAACAGAAAACAGAUAAGAGUUCUAAAAGUAAAGGGUCGAGAUGUAACAACAAAGGUAAUCAGCAUUUUGAAACAUUCCCAAUUAUAUCGAGGCAGCAGCUGGAGAUGUGCAUGACUGAAGUUCAGAUAGUAGCCAAAUGUAGUAGCAGAUUAAUCGAGAAUGCACAAGAUCUAGGUUUAAUGGUGUAUCAAUAUACAAAGUCUAUUUCGGAAAUACCAUAUAAAUUAGAGAAGAGAGAAAGUCAGGAAAAUAAAUUUGACUGGUAUGUUAUGGGAGACAAUAAGAACACUGUGCGAGUGGAUAAAGAUGGAAAUGGAUUGAAGAGAUUGUGGCAGCAGCAGUUAUGCCAAUUUAACUUGAGUAGCUUGGAAAUAUCAGAAGCUAUAUGUGCAGUUUAUCCUAGUCCAGUGCAAUUGAUCAAGGCUUACAGAAAUUGUACACCUGAGGAAGGCAUGAAUUUAUUGAAAGACAUACCGAUUAGAAGAGCGGCAGGACCUCUCACAGCUGUACGUAAAAUCGGGCCCGAAUUAAGCAAAAAAAUGUACGUGAUGUUUACGUCACAAAAUGGAGACACUGUAUUAGGGACUGAGAUAUAGAUAUUGCAAUUUU